CGGAGCCCACACGCACUUCCGGGUUCGGCCAGAAGCGCAGCCAUUGUUCCGCGCGCGGACGCUUGUUGUUUCCGUGCACCUCAGCCCUUUGGAGGUUAAACCAAGCGGCCUUGUGGAUGCCCACUAGGGAAGGGGACAGAACUAGCUUAACCCGAGUCUGUCGCAUGCAGAAUCGGGGCAGAGAGUUGCUUAACCGAGCUCGUCCUGACGCAGAGCCGUGCUGGGGACUGAGACUGGGACGGGCCCUGCCUGGCCCUCGAGCCUGUGGACGCCCAGCUCAGGACGUCAGGCCCCUGCCUGUGCCUGGAGGAGAGCAUGGAAGAGCGGGAUGAGAAGCCCCCAGGGCCCCUGAGGGCCUGUGCACAGGAGAUUAUCGUCAAGGUCGAGAGGGAAGAUGCCGGGUCACUGGCCAUCCCAUCCCAGGAAGGAGUAAACUUCAAAAUAGUGACUGUGGACUUCACUCAGGAGGAAGAAGGUACAUUGGACGCUGUUCAGAGGACCCUGAACAGAGAUGUGAUCCUGGAGGACCACAGGGACCUGGUCUCUUGGGACUCAGCAACUGCACUUGGAAGUAGAGAAUCAACAUCACAGCAGAGCAUUUUUCAUGACGAACCAUCCCUCGAAGUGAAGUUAGAAAGGUUGACAAGAGAUGACCCUUGGUUAUCUUCAUGUGAAGAAGUUCGGGAUUGUAAGGACCAGUUGGAGAAGCAACAAGGAAAACAAGCGAGACUUUUGAAGGAAGUGACAUUUACUCACAGAAAAGCUACGACUCAUGAGAGAGUCUGCAAAAGUGAUGACCUUGAGAAGGGUGAUCUGAAUUCCAGUCUUCUUUCACCCCAGAUAAUACCUGUAAGAAACCAUUUUCAUAAACAUGCCUCACAUGUUAAAAAAUUGCAUUGUAAUUCUACAGUAAAUACUCAUCAGAUGAUUAAUGACAGUGGGAAACACUGUGAAAAUAAUGAAUGUGGAAACCUCCCCCAGAGCAUUCAUUUCAUUCAGUUCACAAGAACUCAAACAGAAGAUAAAUCCUAUGGAUUUACUGACAGUAUUCAAUCAUUUAGCCAUGGUACACCCCUAAAUAUACAUGAGAAAAUACACACACAAGGAAAAUACUUUGAUUUUAAGGAACAUGGGCAAGUUUUGAACCAUAGCAUAUCCCAUAAUAAAAAACAGAGAUUCCCUGUUGAAGAGAGUCAGUAUAAGUGUAGUAAAACCUCCCAGAGUUCAUCAUUUGUUCAAAACAUGAGAAAUCAUUCUGAAGAGAAACCCUUCGAAUGUAGUCAGUGUGGGAAAUCCUUCAGCUGGAGCUCUCAUCUUGUUGCACAUCAGAGAACUCAUACAGGGGAGAAACCUUACGAAUGUAACGAAUGUGGGAAAUCGUUCAGCCGCAGCUCCCACCUUGUUUCCCAUCAGAGAACCCAUACAGGAGAGAAACCUUAUAGAUGUAAUCAGUGUGGGAAAUCCUUUAGCCAGAGCUAUGUCCUUGUUGUGCAUCAGAGAACUCAUACUGGAGAGAAGCCUUAUGAAUGCAGCCAGUGUGGAAAGUCAUUCAGGCAGAGCUACAAACUCAUUGCACAUCAAAGAACUCAUACUGGAGAGAAGCCCUACGAAUGCAAUCAGUGUGGGAAAUCAUUUAUCCAGAGCUAUAAACUUAUUGCACAUCAAAGAAUUCAUACUGGAGAAAAGCCCUAUGAAUGCAGUCAGUGUGGGAAGUCCUUUAGUCAGAGUUACAAACUUGUUGCCCAUCAGAGAACUCACACAGGAGAGAAACCCUUUGAAUGUAAUCAGUGUGGAAAAUCCUUCAGCUGGAGCUCUCAACUUGUUGCACACCAAAGAACUCAUACUGGAGAGAAACCCUAUGAAUGUAAUGAGUGUGGGAAGUCUUUCAACCGCAGUUCUCACCUUGUCAUGCAUCAGAGAACUCAUACUGGAGAAAAACCCUAUGAAUGUAAUCAGUGUGGGAAGUCCUUCAGCCAGAGUUAUGUUCUUGUUGUGCAUCAGAGAACACAUACUGGAGAGAAGCCCUAUGAGUGCAGUCAGUGUGGGAAAUCCUUCAGGCAGAGUUCAUGCCUUACUCAACAUCAGAGAACUCAUACUGGAGAGAAACCCUAUGAAUGUAAUCAAUGUGGAAAAACAUUCAGCUUGAGUGCUCGACUUAUUGUACAUCAGAGGACCCAUACUGGAGAGAAACCCUUUACAUGUAAUCAGUGUGGAAAAGCUUUUAUUAAUAGCUCUAAACUUAUUAGGCAUCAGGCAACUCAUACUGAAGAGAAACCCUAUGAAUGUAACUAGUUUGGAAAUCUUUUAGGUUAUAUGUAUCUUCCUUCCUCCCUUCUUCCCUCCCUCCCUCCCUUCCUCACUUCUUCCCUCCCUCCCUCCUUCACUUCCACCCUUUCCCCCUCCUUCCAUUCCUCCAGGAUUACAUGUAUUGGAAAGAACUAGCAUGGAAACGAUGUGUGUGGGAAAGCUUUCAGUUAGCCCCCUGUUAUUGUGUAUUUGGAAAUUUGUUCUAGAGAGGAAAGAGAGAAAGACUAUGAAUCACAUAUUUUACUUAAUUCUACAUAAGAAAAUCAAACUUGGCCCUUAUGAAACAUUCCCAUGAAAGUAAUAAAUACUGGCACUUUUCCUUGUAGAGAAAGCACUUCAACCUGAAUCCAAGAGAAUUACCAUUAAAUGGGCACUAUUCUGAGAAGUGACUGCCAGUGAAGUAGACCUCUUUUCCAAUAAAGAAUAAGUGAGAAUGCUAGCACUGGUGGGCUUGUUGCCGAGAAGGUUGAAAACUUGCUGUGGUUGUUAGACUGGAAAGUGGCAUUUCAGUGGAUCCUUUUACAACAUCAUUUCCCCAGCAGCUACUUGGUAAUAAUCUCUUCCAUAUAGCACUUUUCCUUUUAUGUGAAGAUUUUGUAAAAAUAGGAAAAUGGCUCUGAUAUGAACUGAAAACUGCAGGACAAGAGUAUAGAACACUCGUGUAGAACCAUCAUGGUAAGAUAUUUGUGUAUGAUCAGAAUGGAAAGGGAUUCUAGGUGUAUCUGUUUUAACUUUGGGUUGAUGUCUGAUUUUCUUUCUUUGGAACAUAUGCUUUUUUGUCAUACUAAUAAAUAACAUAAUGGAUAAUAAUUACCCAUCAAAAAAUACCAAAAAUGUCCAUCUCCUUCGACCAUUUAGGAAAGACGGGACAGCCCGGUAGCAGAGGUCCCUCAGGGUUCUGAGAGUCCCAUUUGGAUUAGCAUGAGCAGGUCACUCCUUAGGACUUAGAUUCCCAGGAAUAGUUCUCAUUGAAAUAAAAUAUUUCCCUAGGAAUGUGGAACUGGAAAUUUAGGCCAGAGGGACUGAAAAAUGCAUGGGCAGUAUGGAGGCAAAUGGACUUUUUUUAAAACCUAUAUAUCUAGAAGUGUGUUUUAAUCAAGCAGUACUCUAUUAAUAGUCAUUGGUGACCAUCUGGUAUUUGUAAUGGUAUCUCUGUAAAUGUAUAAUAGUUUAAAGGCUUUUUUUCAUGCUAUUGGGCUGGAGAGGGUGUUACUGAGUCCAGACUCAUUCUGCUCGCUGCACAACAGGCCAAUAAAUUGGGAGAUGAGGUGUUGGGACAAGGAAUAGUGACUUUAUUCAGAAAGCCGGCAGACAGGGGAGAUGACAGACUCAUCUCCUGGAGAUCUAUCUUCCCCAAGUCAGAAUUCAGGCUCCUUUUAUACUAAAAAUGGGAGAGGGUGUGGUUGGUUUUUGCAAACUUCUUGGUGCAGGAGUUCUUUGUUCUUGCAGGUGUCCACAUGGGUCCCUAUAAGCCUCCAACAAAACAAAUGUUAUUUUCUAUUCUGCACUUGUUAUCUUUAUAUGAAUGCGUAAGUGUUAAUACCCCUAAAGGUCAGAGCCUUGAAAAUAGGCUCUCCUGUAUAUUUCAGGCUGUAGGCAACAUUCUUUUACAAAAGGUACAGAGCUAGCAAGACUAAGUCUAGCAAACGGGGUAUAGGGCUAAAGCCAAAAGAGCAGAUCUAAUAUGGAGUCAGGUUUGCUCUUUCCUAUUACAAUUCACCUCUGUCAAUGUCCAUUCCACAGUCUUUUGGGAAGAGGGGUGAUGGCCGCUCUGGCUACUUCCUGCUGAGCAGGGGCAAUGAAGGGGUGAUUAUGGAAUAGCAUUGAUCAGCCUCGUACAGGGAACAUUUCUUAGAAUCUUUAGUCGAUAGUAUUAUUCUCUCUCUUUUUUUCUUUAUUUACAACCACUUCAACCUGAUAAGACUCCAUAGUACUUUGUUGAACUUGGAGUUUUGGUUCCAGUUCCCAGUACAUAUCUUUUAAUGUUAACUUUCUUACUGUACAUAAUUACACUAGAUUCCUGUGCUAUUCAUUUAGACAAGAUUAAACAAAAUAGGUUGACCUUUUUUCAGCUACAGUGAAAUUAUAAUCUCCAUAGUUAUCUUUUUUUAAAGCAUAACCUUUAGUCUUCUAAGGGUUCACAAAACCACUGUU